AUGAAGGACGGCGAUUCAAAGACGAAGUUGUUGCAAGAACUCAUCGCUUAUGCAGCCCCCGCAGCCAUUAGUUGCUUAGUUCUGUUCCGGAUAUUUGACCCGAUUCUUAAAGCUACCAUGGAAGCCAUUAAACAACACAAUAACAGAAACAAGGAAUUGGGUCGUCUCAAUUCCCUAUUUCAGACCAAUCCGUACGAUGUAGACCGGAUCAGUGAACUUCCAGAUGAAAUCCUGUCCCGUAUCUCGUCGUUUCUGACUUUCAAAGAAGCUUUCAGAACAACUGUUCUGUCCAAGAGAUGGAAACAUGCGUGGGCUUAUGUUCCUAAUCUUGAUUUUGAUGCUCAUACUAAUUUUUCAUCAGGGAGGAAGAUGGUAGAUGUAAAGGAAUAUGUGGAAAAAUUGAUUAGGGAAAGACCCCUGUUUGUGAAUUGGGUAAAUAAGGAGAGUUCAAUGUCUGGAAGUGAACUUGUCAAGCCAUUGGUUAGAUGGUUUCCCUGA